CUCAAAGGACCACGAGCAAUUUCGUGGUUGUCGCCUUGGUAGUUGAACCUGCACACGGCUGACCAGACACGGGCUUACUAGGUGCUAGUAUCAAGUGUCUUAGACAUGCAAAGUUGCUAUAAAAACAUAUCUAGCUCAUGAGACACGGCUGGACGUCCGCUUCUCCCUCCGUAUAGACGUAGGAAUCUACCAUCAUCAUCUAGCAAGAAUUCGUGUGAGAUGGCAGCUCAGCAGAAACGCAUGCUCACGAACGAGAAAUCGCGACUUGGCAAAGUUGAUAUGGUUGUAGGUUCACUGAUCGCCCGCCACUUCGUGGAUGUACUUACAACCGGCAGGCAAUGCUACAGAAAGAAGGUGCAUGGUCCAACCUUUCCGAAGAGACUCGCCAGCAACUCUACUCGCUACUACCUACGCCAGAGGCUGGUGAGGCAACUCAUGAUAAGAACGUCAACCCACUCGACACUGCUUUGCGGCCUCACGUUGAAGAGGCUUUACGUGUCUGGCAGGAAGACUUAACGUGCGGUAAGCAUGGUAAGAAAUGGCGAGAGGAGGCAAUGAACGCUGGAAAGGAUCGAAAGGAAGGCAAAUUUGAUGAGGCAAAGGAGGCUGAUAGGGAGCAGUAUUGGGGCACAGUGAAGGGCGUCGAGAAUGUUCGGGCCCCCAACGAGACGAGUGGAAAUGUUAAGGAGGCCGCAGGCGCAACGAGGCAGGCCAAGGAGGAGGACGAUUGAAAGAAUGAAGCGGUUCUGUAACCAGAGCAGAAUAGCAACGUGUCCAAAUUCUAUAG